GCUGUGAGCGGCACCCACGUGCUGCACAGCUGCUCCCGACCCCUUUCCCCGGGCCGUGCCCGCCUCGGUGCCUCCAUCUGCCGGCUCUCUCCUCCCGGGAAACCUUUUCUCCCGGGAAGGAGGCCCGUGCGAGCUCCGCAGCCGGAGCGUUCCGCCUGCGGGUGACAAUCGUGCUUUUGUUUUGCCUGGCUGCGAGAGGGGCAGGCGGGAAUUUGGCUGCCCGGAAAGCUGCCGGGAACCCUUUCUGCCAUAAUUAAGCACCUGCUAGAAGAGAGCAAAUAAGCCAAAUCAUGCGGCUGGCAAACAAGCUUUACGUGUUCCUUCCCCGUGACCCACUCCGAGAAGCAGAAAGCUCCAGGCUCUGCGGCUCGGCUGCUCGCGGCUCCCGGGGCAGCGAUUCCAGAGCUCCGCCGCCGCCUCCCGGUCCCGGCGCGGGCACCGAGGCAGCGCCGGGAGCCGCCUCUCGCCGGCUCGAAACCCCAAAGGGCUUUCCCCUCCCCAAAGUAGCGGCUCCAUCUCCUUCUGCUAUGGAGAGACAGAUCCCCGUGCUGCGAGUUCGGUCCCAAUUAAUGGAUUCUGACAUGGAUUAUGAGAGGCCAAACGUAGAAACCAUCAAGUGCGUCGUGGUCGGGGACAACGCGGUGGGCAAGACCCGGCUCAUCUGUGCCCGUGCCUGCAACGCCACCUUGACCCAGUACCAGCUCCUCGCCACCCACGUGCCCACGGUGUGGGCCAUCGACCAGUACCGCGUCUGCCAGGAGGUGCUGGAGCGCUCCCGGGAUGUGGUAGAUGAUGUCAGCGUGUCCUUGCGCCUCUGGGACACCUUUGGUGACCACCACAAGGACAGGCGCUUUGCCUACGGCAGGUCCGACGUUGUGGUUUUGUGCUUCUCCAUCGCCAACCCCAACUCCCUGCACCAUGUGAAGACCAUGUGGUACCCGGAGAUCAAACACUUCUGCCCCCGCGCCCCCGUCAUCCUGGUGGGCUGCCAGCUCGACCUGCGCUACGCCGACCUGGAGGCCGUCAACCGGGCACGGCGACCCCUGGCCAGGCCAAUUAAACCUAACGAGAUCCUUCCCCCGGAGAAAGGCAGGGAGGUCGCCAAGGAGCUGGGGAUCCCUUAUUACGAGACGAGCGUGGUGGCCCAGUUCGGCGUCAAGGACGUCUUUGACAACGCCAUCCGCGCCGCCCUCAUCUCCCGCCGCCACCUGCAGUUCUGGAAGUCCCACCUGCGCAACGUGCAGCGGCCCCUGCUCCAAGCCCCCUUCCUGCCCCCCAAGCCCCCUCCUCCCAUCAUCAUCGUCCCAGACCCCCCUUCCAACAACGAGGAGCGUCCAGCCCACCUUCUGGAGGACCCCCUGUGCGCGGACGUCAUCCUGGUGCUGCAAGAGAAGAUCAAAAUCUACGCACACAAGAUCUACCUCUCCACCUCCUCCUCCAAGUUUUACGACCUGUUCCUCAUGGACCUGAGCGAGGAGGACCAGCAGAGCACCGCGGGGCACGGCUUCGGGGUGGCCGUCACCGCGGCCGCCGAGCGGAUGCUGCACCAGGAGGAGAGGCACCACGGGCGGGAUUUCCUCCUGAGGGCCGCCAGCUUCGACAUCUGCGAGAGCGCCGAGGAGGCCGGACCCGGCCAGCGCAAAGCGUGCCUUAGAGCCUCCACCAGUGACGGGAUCCUGCGGGGCAACCGCUACGAGAACGGCGAGCGCGGGCUGCGGCGGGGCCGGAACCUCUCCUCGUGGAGCAGGGCCUUCACCAGCAUCCAGGAGGAGAUGGCCGAGGACCCGCUGACCUACAAGUCCAAGCUGAUGGUGGUGGUGAAGAUGGACGCGUCCAUCCAGCCGGGUCCUUUCCGGGCCGUGCUGAAGUACCUGUACACGGGCGAGCUGGACGAGAACGAGCGGGACCUCAUGCACAUCGCUCACAUCGCCGAGCUGCUGGAGGUGUUCGACCUGCGCAUGAUGGUGGCCAACAUCCUCAACAACGAGGCGUUCAUGAACCAGGAGAUCACCAAAGCCUUCCACGUCCGGAGGACCAACCGGGUGAAGGAAUGCCUGGCCAAGGGGACUUUCUCGGAUGUCACCUUCGUGCUGGAUGACGGUGCUAUCAGUGCCCACAAGCCCCUGCUCAUCUCCAGCUGCGACUGGAUGGCCGCGAUGUUCGGCGGCCCCUUCGUGGAGAGCUCCACCAACGAGGUGGCACUUCCUCACACCAGCAAGAGCUGCAUGCGGGCGGUGCUGGAGUACCUGUACACGGGGCAGUUCAGCUCCAGCCCCGACCUGGACGACAUGAAGCUCAUCAUCCUCGCCAACCGCCUCUGCCUGCCGCACCUGGUGGCUCUCACAGAGCAGUACACGGUCACCGGCCUGAUGGAGGCGGCGCAGAUGAUGGUGGACAUCGAUGGGGACGUGCUCGUGUUCCUGGAGCUGGCUCAGUUCCACUGCGCCUACCAGCUCGCCGACUGGUGCCUGCACCACAUCUGCACCAACUACAACAACGUCUGCCGCAAGUUCCCCCGCGACAUGAAGGCCAUGUCGGGAGAGAACCAGGAGUACUUCGAGAAGCACCGCUGGCCGCCGGUGUGGUACCUGAAGGAGGAGGAUCACUACCAGCGGGCGAAGAAGGAGCGGGAGAAGGAAGACUACCUCCACCUCAAACGGCAGCCCAAGAGGCGGUGGCUCUUCUGGAACGCCUCCUCCUCCCCUUCUUCCUCUCCUUCAUCGUCGGCAGCCACAGCCUCCUCUUCCUCCUCCUCCUCCUCCUCCUCGGCUGUGGUUUGAAAGCCCCGUCCUUGCCGUGGCUCCAGACGGGGAGGAGGAGGAGGAGGAGGAAGGGUGGGAUGCCCUGCCCCAGCGCCAGGCGUGGAGCGGCACUGGCCCCGCAGGCGGCGGUGGCCACGGGCGGUCGCUGGGGAGGGGCUCGGCCCUGCUCUCCCCGCGGCAGGACUGGCAGAGCCCGAGCAGCAGGAGAAACUCACGUUUACAGGAGCACGAGGGCUGUGUUGUGGUUUCAUUUCAUGUGGAAUUUUUGUUGGAAAUUGGUUUUGUUUUUUUGGAACAUCAUCAGCAUGAGGAAGAAGAUGAAGAAGAAGAAGAAACACAUCCAGCUUCCACUUUGAUUUGGAACCAGAAGCUCUGGGAUGUGGUUUGGGUGUCUGAUGGCAUCUCACCACCUGGAGCCACCGUGGGGGUCCUGCCACCCCCUUGGACUCACAGCAGGGUCAGGCACAGGGCAGGGGACCCUGGUCCCCAAAUGCCUCCAGGCACUGCAGCAUUUCCCCUACAAGUGGGGUCUGUCCUCAUUCAGGGCACGGAGAGGACCGGAGUCCUCUCCUCCCUGUUCUGAACUCUUCAGUUUCGUUUAGACAGAAACUUAAAGCAAAAAAAAAACCCCAAACCCAAACCCCACUCCCCUCAAUCUGCCACACCAGAAACCAACCCCGAGCCCUUGGCUUGGGAUUUUAGCCUGGAAGGCUCCAUUGUAAUAAAUGGUAUUUUAAAAGCC